AGAAGAUGAAUUCCUGACCUUAUUUGAGAGCUCUCCUCAACCAAAGAUAAAACAGCUUAGUUCAGAUGCAAAUUCUAAUACAAUGAAAAAGAAAAUUUCCGUUGAUGCUGUGAAAGUUUUGUGGAGUGAACCAAAAUCAAAACCCAAAGCUAAAAAACCAGCAUGGGCAUCAAAACCUCCUUCAGAAAAUAACUCGUCAAGAUCUGAUGUGCCCUACAACAUAUUCCGUCCAACUUCAGUUCAAAGCACUGAUGAUGAGCUAGGCAGUAGAGCUGAGAUGAUCGAGGAGCUGGGGAACUCUCUUUCUCUGUCAAUUAAUAAACUUCAAGCUCUACAGAACCAGCUAAGUGGUGUUAACCGACAAGAUAUUGGCGACAGUCCUGGAAACAACCUAGCCAUGGAUAGUUUUAGAUCUGCCUCGUCUGCCUCCACAUUAACACCCUCCAGACAACUUCAUACCCCGGUAUCUGUUGGUGAGUUUGCUGAAGCUGAUAAUGCUAGCCAUGCUACAUCUUCCCUAGCUAUGCAAAGACUGUGGGAUGGAGAGUAUGAUGCCUAUGUGAGCAGCGGUCUGGCUAACAAUAUCAGCCGGCCAGGACAGAUGCAGAAAGCAAAAGCCACUCUUUCUUCAAUGGAAAACUCAUAUCAGAACUUUAAACGCAAGACACCAGUAAACCAGGUGAAUAGCUCCACAGCUUUAGGUAAUGCUGCAGCCGGUCAGUCAAUAACCACGAAGCCUGGGCAGCAGAACAUGGCUGGAAAUAAUAGUAGUUUGACGACUGGGCUGAAUCACAGGACUUCAUUUAAUUCAUCUGUUCAAAAGUCAUUAGUCCAGAAUAAGGCUGAGGAAUAUUUAAGCUGCUUGGACUCAGCAGCAACAGUAAUUCAGAAAUGGUAUCGCAGACACAGAACUCGACGUGUUGCUGCAGAAGCAGCGAUGAGAAGACUGUUAAGUCAGAAGAAGGAGGAACAUGAUAUCAGGAGGCAGCAAGAAUAUGCUCACUCUAUGACCUCAGAAGAAAUAGAAGCAAGAAAGGCAGAAGAGAGGAAAAAGAUCAGGGAGGAAAAGGCAAAGGAGGCCCGGCAGCAAGCAGUUAAGGAUCUGCAGAGAAAGCGCGAAGAAAAGAAAAGUGAAGUAAAGAAAAUUGCUUUGGAUGAAAUUAAAUAUUUACAAGCAAGCGGAAAGGUAACCAAAAUAUCUGCAGCUAACAGCUAUCUAGGCAAGAAAAAAAGACAGGUGGCAGCCAAAGAAUCUCCUAAAGAAGCAACAAACCCUGAGGAUUUACAAGAUAAUGCAGGAUCUCAGGCAUUGCCAGAAGAUUUGAGUGCUUCACGUCUCAGAAAUGAUGAAGCUUGUGGGGGUGGCCGAGGAAGUGACAAAGGUACAGAAGCAGACACCCGCACCACACUGGAGGAUCUGUACACCACCCUAAAGAAGUUGGAGGAAGAAGAGAACUUUCUGUCAGUUCAAACAGAGAAGAAGUCUUGGUUGGAUGAUUUGGAGAAGGCGCAGGAAGAGGAGCUGGGUUCAAAUUUGACAGCAGAGAAUUUAGAAAAACUCAAUUCCAGCAAAGAUGGCCUGUCCAAAAGUGGGUUUCUGACAGAUAACAAGCUCAGGAGUAUUAUUGAUUUUCUGGAUGAGGUGCAGGUUAAUGACAGACUCAGUGGAAUUGAAAUGGAAAUAAGUCGUGUCAAUGACGAGCUUGAAAAACCUGCCUUGCUGGUACCAUCGGCUGAAGAAGUGGCCCAUUUGGAACAAGCUCAGGCCACAGCCAGUGAAGUCACCAACACUUUGCUAACUCAACGCUUGGAGCUGGAUGAGAAGAAGAGAACAGUAACCAUGCUGCAGAAAGCAUUGAAUCAACAAAGGGAGCUGACUGUCAGGCAUGCGAGAGAAACUGAGAAGGAAAUGAAAAAGAGACUGGAUGUGCAGAAGGAGGAAUAUGAGGAAGCUAUUAAAAGGCAUUUAUCCUUUAUUGAUCAGCUAAUUGAUGACAAGAAAAAUUUGAGUGAGAAGUGUGAGAAGUUGGUCACUGAAUUAAAGACGAUUGACAAGAAGUACCAAGAGAAAAUAAAGUCCCUUGAAGAUAGUCAUGUUAUAGAAAUGACAAAACUGAAAGAGAUACAUUCUGCUGCAGAAAAGCUGCGGAGAGAGAAAUGGAUUGAAGAUAAAACAAAGAAGAUAAAAGAGAUGACAGUUAAGGGUUUAGAACCUGAAAUUCAGCGUCUGAUAGCAAAACAUAAAAGUGAUAUAAAUAAACUCAAGCACAUCCAUGAAGCGGAGCUACUGGAAGCAGAUGAGAGAGUUGCACAGAAGUAUGUGAAAAUGACUGAAGAGCUAAGAGACCAACUGGCAGCAGAAAAAGAAGCCGCUUGUGCCAGAGAAAGAGAAAUGUCUAAGCAGCGAUAUGAAAAACAGCUUCAGCAAGAAGAAGAAGCGUACCAACAGCAGCGAAGACGGUUGCACCAAGAAGUCCAGGAAGAGAAAGAUCGGGUGGCAGCUUCAGUGUCAAGACAGCGGGCAGAGUUGGAGAAGCUACAGCGCCAGCUGGAGGAUAAUCAUAGGAUAGCAUUAGAGUCAAUGAGGGAAGACUUUAACAAGGCUAGAGAAGAGCAGGAGAGGAGACAUGCGACAGAAAUUCGAAACUUGCAAGAGAAGUUGAAACUGGAAAAGGAAUCUUGGGAAGAGAACUACAUGAAAAGACAUGAGACUUGGCUGGUUCAGAAAGAGAGAGAACUCAGAGAGAAG